ACCUGAGAAGGGGCAGAAUUAACUAUUUCUUGGAUAUAAGUUGAUCGUGUACCGAAUAAUUUACAUUUCGCUAUAUCACGCGAGGACUGACUAGAGAAACAAAAAUGGAAAUUUCAAUUCGCACCUUACCCCUGCUGCUGCUCGUGGCCUCCACGCUAGCCCAAUACGAGGGCUACCACGGCUACGAACACGAAAUCGACGCCUACAGCUUCAAGCCGGCGUUGCCGCCCCAGAGCCUAGACGAUCAUUACCAUCAUGAAGAGGAGGACAUCGACUAUCACGCUCAUCCGAAGUACGCGUUCGAUUACUCCGUGAAGGACCCGCACACCGGAGACGACAAGGAGCACUGGGAGACGCGCGACGGCGACAAAGUUAAAGGCAGCUACACCCUAACUGAAACCGACGGCACAAAGCGAGUGGUGGAGUACGAGGCGGACGACAAGCACGGCUUCAACGCCGUCGUGCACAAGAUCGGCAAACCCGCGGAACACGUGGGACACAUCCAGGCGGCCAAGUACGAACCCAUUCAGUACCACCACGAGUUCAGUCCGCAGCAGUAUGAUGAUGGCUUCGUGCCUAUAGCUGGGUACUCGCAUGACUCGCAUCAUUAGAAUUAUGAGGAUUACGAAUA